AUGUCCCCUUCACGGCCACAGAGUGACCUCGAGGGGGCCUACGAAAUAGGGGCCGCAGCUUGGCCCUCGACCGAGACGCCAGGCGGAAGCAAGCCGCGGAGCAGUGUUGGUCUCCCCGCAGCUGGAGCAGCGUUGCCCCCGGCACGCGGACUGGAUAUUCCCUGA